UUCCAUUCUCCCUUUUCUCCUCCUUGAAUUUGAAUUGGUCAUGAAAAUGAUGAGUUGGUAAACAGUUCUGUGUCAGAAACAAAUUAAUCCAAAGCAAACCCACACAUUACACAUAUAUGGCCAACAAAUGUGUUAUUCAUGUUCCUAUUUAUGCACCAAAUUCUAGCAACACAAAUAUUGACAUUCAUAACUGUUGUCACAACUCCUUUUCCUCAACUUCUUCUUCUUCUUUCACUUCAUUAAUAUCAUCAUCAUUUUCUUCUUCUUCUUCUUCUUCCUCUGCUUCCAUGAGCAUGAUUUUUGCAGACAUGGGUGCUCUCUCCAUUAGCAACUCCAAGGCCUCCCAUGUUGCUGAAAAUAAUGUGGGUGCUAAUGCUAUGGACCAUUUUCCAUAUUUUACUAGUGGCCAUUCUCAUGACUCCUCCAGUACUAGUGAUGGCUUUCGUUUUGGUUUUGGUGGAGAAAACACUCAUGAAACCAGCUUUGAUCUGAAUAACUCAAGUGGGAAGUCACUUGACCAAACAGACUCUUGUGGACAGUCUAAGCUCUGUGCUAGAGGCCAUUGGAGACCUGCAGAAGAUGCUAAGCUUAGGGAGCUUGUAGCUCUUUAUGGUCCUCAGAACUGGAACCUUAUUGCUGACAAGUUGCAAGGGAGAUCAGGUAAGAGUUGUAGGCUUAGAUGGUUUAACCAACUAGAUCCAAGGAUCAACAGAAGAGCCUUUAGUGAAGAAGAGGAGGAAAGGCUGAUGGCUGCUCACAGGCUGUAUGGCAACAAAUGGGCUAUGAUUGCUAGGCUUUUCCCUGGAAGAACAGACAAUGCUGUAAAGAACCACUGGCAUGUUAUAAUGGCCAGGAAAUAUAGAGAACAGUCCAGUGCUUACAGGAGGAGAAAGAUGGCUCAAACUUCAAAUUACCAUACCAUAGAAGAUCAAGAAACCAGCUUUCUCAUGUGUAAACCAGAGCCAGUAACACACUACAAAGCUGCAACAAUAUCAAACACUUUUGUCCCUCCUCAUUACACUGGGCCUUCAAGUUACAUAUACCCUUUCCACCAAAUGCAACAAAACCAUUAUGCUCCAUUGAUGAGUGAAAAUAUUGCAAUGCAACAGUCCUAUUUACAGUUUUACCCUAAUGGUAGUGGUUGCAGCUUCACAUCAGAUUUUAAAGCAGAACCACCAGCACAUCCACAAGUUUCAUCACUCACUCAACAACUCACAACAUCAUCAUCUGCAGCUACACAAGAAGAAGACAGAAAUAGAAUAGGCAAGGAAAGUGAUAUUAUUAAUGCACCAUCUUUUAUAGACUUUCUUGGGGUAGGAGCCACUUAACCAAAUUAGUAUCACAGAGCUAUGAAAAGCUAAAAAACAAGUUCUAUCUCUGCCUACAAAUGUAUACACUCUCUAUGUUAAUGUCAAGUAGAUUAUUUAUAUCUUCCAUCAUGUUAUAACUUGGGACCCCAUUUGCUAUUUUCAGGCCAUGAGAUACAACAGUUCUUUUAGUUUGUGAAAGAGAUGCAUUACUCUUUAA